AUGUCAAACUUUGUAGCUCCAGAAGUCAAAACUUUUGUGGCUUGGGACUAUGCUGUUUUUGCAGCACUAUUUUUAGUGUGUGCCAGCAUCGGAGUCUUUUUUGCUGUUAAAGAGAGGAAGAAGAAAACUUCAAAGGAGUUUUUGGUGGGUGGCAGGCAGAUGACAUGUGGACCAAUAGCUUUCUCUCUCACAACAAGCUUCAUGUCAGCAGUAACAGUUCUGGGGACACCCUCUGAAGUCUAUCGCUACGGGGCAGCCUUUGUGCUGUUCUUUCUCUCCUACGCCCUCGUCAUCAUUUUUACUGCUGAACUUUUUCUACCUGUGUUUUACAGAUCUGGCAUUACAAGCACUUAUGAGUAUUUGGAGUUAAGAUUUAACAAGAUUGUCCGUCUUGCUGCAACACUGAUCUACAUCCUGCAGACGGUCCUUUACACAGGAAUAGUGGUUUAUGCUCCAUCACUGGCUCUCAACCAAGUCACUGGAUUCGAUCUCUGGGGCUCUGUAGUUGCAACAGGAUUUGUCUGCACUUUCUACUGCACUCUGGGGGGAUUAAAAGCUGUGGUGUGGACAGAUGCAUUCCAAAUGCUUGUGAUGGUGGCUGGCUUCGUGACGGUGCUGAUUCGAGGAACCACUCUGAACGGUGGAGCAGCUAAGGUCUGGGAAAACGCCUACGAAGGAUCACGACUAAACAUAUUUGACUUUGACACAGACCCUUUGAGGCGACACACCAUCUGGACAAUUGUUAUUGGGGGAACCUUUACAUGGCUUGGGAUCUAUGGAGUUAAUCAGUCCACAAUACAGAGAUGCAUUUCUUGCAAAUCAGAAAAGCAUGCUAAGAUGGCACUUUACCUGAAUUUACUGGGCCUCUGGAUAGUCCUGGGGUGUGCAGUAUUUUGUGGUUUGGUGAUGUACUCUCAUUACAGGAGCUGUGACCCUUGGACUGCUGCUUUCAUUUCAGCCCCUGAUCAGCUCAUGCCCUACUUUGUUAUGGAUAUCUUUUCUUCGAUGCCAGGAGUCCCAGGACUGUUUGUUGCCUGUGCAUUCAGCGGGACACUAAGCACAGUAGCUGCCAGCAUCAAUGCUUUAGCAACUGUUACCUUUGAAGACCUAGUCAAGAAAUGUUUCCCAAAUCUCUCUGAGAAGAUGAGCACGUGGAUCAGCAAAGGCUUGUGUAUACUGUAUGGUGUCCUGUGCACUUCAAUGGCUGCAGCAGCAUCACUGCUGGGAGGAGUUGUGCAGGCUUCCCUCUCCAUCCACGGGAUGUGUGGGGGGCCCAUGCUGGGAUUAUUCACCCUGGGAAUUCUGUUUCCUUGGGCUAACUGGAAGGGUGCCAUUGGAGGCCUCUUAGCUGGAAUCACCUUAGCGUUUUGGACUGGAACUGGAUCUUUCAUUUACCCUGCACCGCCAACAAAGUCCAUUCCCCUGCAGCUGUCGACUCUCAACUGCACAAUGGCUAACGGCACCGAGGUGCUGACGACGGUGGCUGCCACAGCAGCUCCAGACAGGCCUCUGCUGGCAGACACCUGGUACUCCCUGUCCUACUUGUACUUCAGUGCCAUUGGCUGCCUAGGCUGUGCCACUGCAGGGCUGUUGAUAAGCUUUUUAACAGGACCUACUAAAGGUGAAGAUAUCCCACCAGUGUUGAUUAAGCCAGUCUGCAACCUAUUCUGCUUUUGGUCAGAAAGCCUCAAGACAUCCCUGUGGUGCGGUGUGCGGCACGACAGGCGGGAGGCUGACUUUGAAAAAAAUCUGCCUAAUAUUAUUGCAAAGAAAAGUGGAAGAGAUGAGACCUUGACAAACACCCACAAAGGACACCGACACCAGUUCCCUGGUUACAACUGCGAGGAAAAAUCCUACACUAACGUGGCCAGAGAAUCUCGCCUCUAGAAGCUGAGGGCCAAGAGACAUUUAAGCCAACUGCAUUUCUCCAGGUUCAGAAAGAAAGAGGUGUUUCUGUUGCAUUUACCAGCUUGUGGGGGGACCAAGAGGGAAGAACUGCUCUCUCCAGCAAUAAAGGUCAGACUUGGAUUGCUGAGUUUCAUGACAGACCUAGGAAAGGGACAGGCCAGGGGAGUUUGGAAGCACUGCUGCUUCAGAAGGAAUGUUUCAUGAAUCUUCUCCUGGAAGUCACUAGCUGCAGCACAUCUUCUGCCAGGCAGCCAGCAACAGAACAAGGGGACACAGUUUGAAGUUGUGCCAGGGGAGUCCUAGGCUGGAUGUUGUUAGGAAGUUGUUGGCAGAGAGAGUGAUUGGCAUUGGAAUGGGCUGCCCAGGGAGGUGGUAGAGUCACUCAAGCAAAGCCUGGAUGGGGCACUUAGUGCCACAGUCUGGUUUAUUGGCUAGGACUGGAUGAGCUUGGAGGUCUCUUCCUACCUGGUUGAUUCUCUA